AUGAUAGGGGGCUCGCUGAUGAUGCAUCACCUCCUGCCACUGGCUAUUCUCCUCCUUCUUUCCAUCAUUCCCACUGAAACUGAAGUGGUGGCAUCAGUGAAGGAAUGUAAUACGUUUUUUCUUGAUAAAACUCCACCAAACAUCCCACAAAUUUUAGAGGGAGGGAACAUCCUGGACCAAAACAGAUACAAAGUGAUUUGUCAGACCUUUAGCAACACCACAACAUUUGUGACGCUGUACGACACCAAGAACAAGAUUCCAGUUUUUUCUGCUGCAAAGUACAGAGGGAGACCUGGAGGCAAGAGGCCCAAGAUCAAUUGGAUGAUUGAACCGCAGCUUGAAAAACCAGCUGAUGAUGACAAUAUGAGACAAGCUGACAACAACAUCAUCUAUAAACACCAGGCUGUAAACACUGAUUACAAACCCUACAACCAGCAAGGGUUUGACAGAGGACAUUUAUUUCCAAGCUCUUAUGGCUCUGAUCCAACUGAGAAAAGCUCUACCUUUACCCUGACUAACGCUGUUCCACAAAAGUCACGUUUCAACCGUGUGAGA